AUGAGUGUUCCCUCUCUCUCUGCCAAUGGGCCGGCCUCUGGCAUCAACCCAGCCCCCAUUGUUCCCGGUCUCCAUGUUCCAGGAGCUCCCUUCCCCUCACAGAGCGAGUACGGUAUCGACCCGUCUUGUCGGAACAUGUGGACUAUCAUCGAAGCUUGCCAAGAAAAACAUUCUGAGUCUCAUCUCCGUGUCAACAGAGAUUGCCUGUGUGAAAGAGAUAUCAUCAGCAGCUGGAUCACAUGCCAUAGAUGCUGGGAUCGAGUCACCUAUCAUUCCAACGGCAAACGUGACUUGGCUUCUUCCCCUUACCUCAUUGACGAUGUCACUCUUUCUCUUGUUCAAAGUCUUUGCGACCGAAGCACAUCGGCCUCGGUAGCUCCCAAUGGAGAUGAUUCCGAUUUGGAUGUGUCCAUCAAAUGGGAUACACUCGAAGAGCCCGAUGAAUUAGAGUUUGACGAAGAAGAGUCUGACGAUGAGGAGUCAGAUGAGGAGGAAUCCGAUGAUGAUAAUUCUGACGAAGAGGACUUUUUUUCAGAUGAGGAGGAAUCCGACGAUGAUGAUUCUGAUGAAAAGGACUUUUUUGACGAGGAGUUUGAUGAGGAUUUCGAGGAUGAACCGUCUAUUGAGGUGGAUUUCGACAAUGAACUGACUAUUGAGGUGGAUUCCACUAAAGAAGCAUCUGAUGAAAAAGAUGCCAAUGAUGAGGACGACAAAGAAGAGAACACCCAUGAAGAGGACGCGGAUGAAGACACCGACGAAAUAGAGUCCGAUGAGGACCAGCUCUCGGCAGUGAUCAGUGCGGAUGGUGUCUCUGGCUCACAUGACUGCUUGCCUCCGCAGACGAAAAUCAUGUCCGAAGAUUUCGAUCUUGCUUUUGAAAAUUCAAUCGGCGCAAAUCUUGGUCAUUCCACUGACGAAGCAAUUGUCGUCAACUCAGGGCAUCAAUUGGGCGGAUUCAUCACCAAAACUGGGAAACCCACUCCAAAGGUUCCCGCCCGCGACGCUCUUGGUCAUGAAUUCAAAACGAAGAGCAACGCCAACACACGUGUUGCAAGUGUUGGUCUGGUUGUAUUGGGAUUAUUCGCGGCUUGGGCCAUGUAA